UAAAGAUCGAUAAGUAAUAAAUAAAUGAUAAAUGAAUAUUGUAAUAUUAUGUACUAUAUACGUGUUAGAACGGUUAGAACGAAUAACGGUAAAAACAAAUGCAAUAUUCGGAAUGUGUUUGCGAUAACCUAUAAUCUUAGGCAAGAAGACAGUUACAAAAUUCAUUUACUUCCAACUAAGCCCGUUAAACGAAACGUUACGAAAGGCACUGCCUUGUACUUCGCAGCAAAGAGUUGUUUUGGAUUGUAUUGAUUACAGCGAGACUCCUAACAGGAAAAAUCAAAGUGUAUAUUCAAGCAGUUUUGUGAGGCUUGUGUGUUUUCGAUACAGAGUUUUCUGUGCCAUUUGCUGUUGUUACAUACACAUAUUACAAUAUGAAGAUAACUUUUGUAAAUAUGUUCUUUAUUGGAUUGGUAAGUCUAAUCUCAGAAUCAAAUGAAGAAUGUGUUUUGCCGGUUCAUGAAGAAAUAAAUUGGAACAUGAUUCCAGGAACUUGGUAUCACAUUCUGAAUGUGAAGGAUCCUCUCGAACAUAAUGUACCGUGUUAUGCAGUUAAAAAUAUGCGAGCACCAACAGCAAUAGAUGUCUUUGCUGAAUUCAGAUCAAUUUUUAACGAAACCAGAGAUUCAAUUAGAUAUGGCAUUAUUCCUGUACACUGGACACAUGGCGGAAACUCUAUUGUGAAACUUGACGAAAAGUUUGAAAUUAAGGAAAUGUACAACAACUCUAUGAGUUGCAUGACGGAUUACGAACAUUAUUAUUUGUGUUUACAGUGUAUUUCUGGUGAAAGGAAUAUCUGGGCUCACAGUCGAAAUCCUUAUCCAACAGCUGAAGAUAUUUUGCGAAUUCAUAACGUGCUAAUAGACGUUGGAAAUGGUUGGAGUGAAAUUAAAUUAUUUCAUUCUGGUUGCAGCAAUAUUGAACUAUCAGAAAACGUUAUUUAUUGAAAUGUUCAAUUCGUGGUGAUUUGUUAUUCAAGUUAUUAAAAUGAUUAGACAAUAAUUUCUAAAUAAUUUUUAUCAUUUUUUCAUUGCACAAAGUUUACAAAAUUUCCUAACCCAAAACCAUUCAAAUGUGACCUGUGCAAAAUGUAAUCCGUGUAAUUGUUGGGAUAAAUUUAUUUGGCUUCUCACGCAAAAGCACAUUGCAUAACUGUGUUAAAUUCCAUUUAUUAAAUUAUUCCACUUUGCAUUCGGUAUUAUAAUUAAUGUUUAGUUCUUUCAUUUUUCUACUAUAUUAUACAAGACGAUAGAAGGUCAUAAAGAAUGGUUCAUAUACACAAUUUUUAGCAAUAUUUGCAUGAUAACUUGAAUAAUUAAAUUAUAAAAUUGU